CAGUAAGUGAGGUAUUCACAAAUUCUCUGAAGUCGUCACUGCCGGGGAGAAUACCCAGUAAGGAAUUAGGGUACCACAGUGGACAGGUGUUAAACUACCUGGAUAAUUUUACCCCUCCAGUAAGAAGGAAGUUCAAUUGAGGUGAACCAACAAGAUGCAGAUCCCGAUGGAGCUGCUGAUGAGCAAGCUUGGGAACCCUGGGAGAUACCAGGUGGCAGUGUUCUUACUGCUGGCGUUCAACUAUAUACCGGUGACCUUCAAUCACCUUGUGAUGGCUUUCUUCGGUUCUACCCCUCCUGUGUACUUCUGUACCAAUCCAGAUCUUCAGCCUUCCCCAACUCACAAGGGGCAUUCCUUGAACCUACAGUCAUGGGUGCCGACAAAAACAUACACAGUAGCUAACCUGACCAUUAUUGGUGUUGAGUAUGACAAGUGUUCAAGCACAUACUUUCUACAGGAUGGAGGUAAUAUGUCUGUUGAUUGUACAGCGCAGAUGGCGGGUAUGUGGAACUACGCCAAGGGGCCACGGGAGUCUACUAUUGUCACAGAGUGGGACCUAGUGUGUGACUCAUCUUUCCUGGCUAAGGUUGCCACGACAGUGUAUUUCUCUGGCGUAAUGGUGGGAGGGCUAGUGUUUGGUGUUGUAGCUGACAAGCUGGGACGGAAACCAGUGAUGCUAAUCACCUUGUAUGUCCCUAUCCUCGUCGGUAUUGGCAUCUCAUUCGCCAACAGCUACAUCCUCUUCCUGGUCCUCAGGUUCCUGCAGGGAGCCUUCAUGCAGGGUCUACAGACAUCUACUUACGUCCUUGCGAUGGAGCUAUUCUUGCCUCAGUACAGAGGAGUGGCGGGGGCAGUGCUGGAGUGUUACUGGGGCGUUACCGUGGUGAUGUUAGCUGGUGUGGCCUAUCUGCUGCAGUCCUGGCGAUACAUACAGCUGGCUAUUACCCUGCCCAGCCUUCUGGCCCUUCCUUACAUUUGGUUGAUUCCAGAAUCCCCUCGUUGGUUGCUGACAAGACAUCAGUUCAGUGAGACAGAGAAGUGGAUAGGCAAAAUGACAAAAUACAACAAAUUGGAGUACCCAUCCCAGGUGAUGGAAGACAUCAAGCUCCAUUUGGACAAGAGUGAAGCUUCAUCGGUGCGCCAGUACACAUUCAUGGACUUGGUUGCCACGCCGCGGAUCAGGACACGCAGCUUCAUACUGUUUUACCUUUGGUUUGCUGUAGCUGUUGGUUAUUAUGGGCUGUCCCUAAGUGUGACCAGUCUCCCCGGCAACAAGUAUUUCAACUUUGCCACAAGUGGAUCAGUGGAGUUGGUGGCAUUCAUCCUGGUGGUGAUCAUCAUCAAAAGAUUUGGAAGACGGAUAUCAUUGCUGACUUUCUUCAUGAUAGGGGCUACUUCCUGUAUAACUGCUGGGGUGUUGUCAUUCUUCAGUGAGCACGGGUCCAAGAUGUCUCAGUUCUCCACAGGAUUUGCUAUAUUUGGGAAGUUUGGUAUGGGUGGAGUGUUCAGCCUUACCUUUCUGUACACCUCUGAGUUGUACCCUACUGUUAUAAGAAACAUUGGAAUGGGAAGCUGUGCGUUCUGGGCUCGGUUUGGAGGAGUUGUGGCACCACUUGUCCUUAUGCUCGGAGACGUUACCCAUAAGUCGAUAUCUGUGGUGGUGUUUGGCUGCAUCGCAAUGAUCGGUGGAUUUAUCACUCUCCUUCUCCCUGAAACUCUCGGACAAAAACUUCCGGAUACUAUUGGAGACACAGAGAGUUUCCGAAGCUACAGAGAGGACCAGGAAGAGGAUGUUGCUGUGAAACAGACGCUAGCUCCGGGAGACGAGGAAGUCAUUGUCAUGACAGACAAGUAGCGAACUAGCCCUGAUCCUCAGUCUACCAGUGGCUUUGCUUGAUUUUAGAAUGAGCUUCUCGUUAGUGGUGAAUUGCUUAUUACUGUAUAGAUGGUUAGCUUUGCAGGGGUAAUAUUUCCUGUUUUUCCAGGUGAAAACUAGUUCAUGGGUUUUAAAUAUUUGCCCAAUGUCAGUAAAUCAAGAAACAAGUCAAGCACACAUCUUCAUUAAUAUAAUAGUUAAAAGCUUAUGAUAUGGAUAUUUGAUUUUUUCUUUAAUUAAAUUCAAUGACUAUUAGAUAAAUAUUUAAUUUCUUGCUAAUUUUACCAACUGUACAGUAUACAUUGGAAAGUUGAUCUUUAGAAUUGCCUUAGCAAGUUUUAUUUUUAUUUUAUAUAGUUUUACAUGUGUGAGAUGAAUAUUUUUAUUACAUUAACAUAUAUGUCAGGAGUCACUGACAUGUGUACAAGUUUUGGAACAUUUAUGUUUUAUCAAUGGAGGAAGAUAUCUCUUGAUUUGAAAAAUAUUGGAGAUAAACGAUGUAUUUAUAUUGACAAAAGUUUUUUAUUGUCUGAACAAUAUUAGUUUUUGUUAUUUUCAAUAUUUUGUUUUGGUUUACUUACAAGACGACUUACCAGAUUUAUGACACAUGAUUUAUUUUUGGGCUUUUUCAACUGUUAAAAACACUUCUUUUUGGAUUACCCAAAAAACUAUUAUACCACAGUAUAAAUUAUCUCCUGAAAACAACCUAGUACACAGUAGAACAAACUCGUCUACAUUUAUAAUUAAAUAGUCCAUGUACAACCGUAAAAGAUUUUUUGAGGGGUAAAAUUUUUCAUGGUUUUAGUAAAGUGGGACGGAUCAUAUAUUUUUUUGCAAAAAUUAUGGAAUGGACCACAUUUUUCUCCAAUUCAUUUUUCAAUUUGUUUUAUUUUCAUGAUUUUAUUUUAUCAUGAAAAAAGCUAGUUAAAACUUCAUGGAAUAUUUACAACUUUUUCAAUACAAAAUGUGGUGCAGCCAUGAUGGUACCGAAUUUAUGGAGAACCAUGUAAAAAGAAUUUGUGAGUGUGAAGUAUGUUUAAUUGUGUGAACCUUAAGCAUACUUGUCCUAAUUUUAUAUCACUGAAUAUUGUUUUAUAUAUAUAUAUAUGUUGUAAAUUAAUGUUGUCUUGCAUAUAAAAACCUACGCUGUUCUAGGGCAGGUUGUACAACUGUUUUAGCCAGAUAUACAAUGGUAUUAUGACAGCCAACCAUCUGCAUUUAUCUCUACAGGAACCCUAUGGUCAUUUAUCGGUAACCCUACAGGAGCCUUGUGGUCAUUUAUCGGUGACCCUACAGGAGCCCUGUGGUCAUUUAUCGGUGACCCUACAGGAACCUUGUGGUCAUUUAUCGGUGACCCUACAGGAGCCCU